GCAAAGUCCCACGUUGAUGAGCGCAUACCAUUUUUUCAUGUUUAUUCAGUGGUGAUACGAGAAACAUGAUUGUCUAACAUCAAUAGUACGAUAAUAUAGUUCCAAUAGUUCCUGUCCAGUGUUCUAGUGCUUAUAAAUUCAUCUCAUCCGAAAUUAGUAUCGUCAUUAAUUAACAGAACGACAUUCUGGCAUAACGUUUUAUUGAAAAUGAACCACAGCUGGUUGUCGAUCUUGUUCAUUUGCGGUGUCAUCUACAACACAUGUGCUUUAUCCAUUGAUUGUGGUGAAUUUUAUGACGACGAAACCAUUUCAAGAACAUGGGGAUAUGUGUACUAUUCAUGCAAUGGAACCGUAAUGACUACCGAUAACAAUCAAACGUUGGAAUUAUUUGGAUUCCAUUUAUACGGCCGGAACAGUAGCUAUACUGAGCGUUUCGCAUUGAAUAAUCAGAACUUGACAUCAUUUCCGACCAGUUUCGAGAAAUUCUUUCCAUUUCUCCAGAUCAUAGACUUUUCAUUUAAUUAUAUCGAGAGCAUGACUAAUACGCAUUUGCAGCCACACAAGCGUCUGAGCUCACUCCUAUUGGAACAUAAUAGAAUUUCUACUCUCGACAGUAAUCUGUUUAAUGGCUUGGAUGAGUUAAUUAACGUCAGACUGAACGACAAUAACAUAAAGCACGUCGGUUAUGACAUCAAAUUACCUCAAUACGUUCAUAUGGAUAACAAUCCUUGCACCCCGACAUGUUGCGAUUUGAUAAAAUAUUUCAUGAACAUAACGACUUCAGAAUAUCUACGUAAUCAGUGUCCACCAUUACAAUCCACAAUAGAAAAUUCGGUAGAUUUUCCUCACGAUGUCGAGAUUAGCAAUGCUGUAGACAAUACACAAGAAAAGGAUGAGGCUCCAGCGACUGAGGAGCCAAGUAUUGAAACAAAGUUACCGAAAAUGGGCGAGAUGAUUCAAUGCGCCUUCAAGGUUACUUUGCGAGAAAAUGACGACGAAUCACUGGGGAAAAGAUGUUCAGAACUUGCUAGACGCCAUCCCGACUUAUUUAGGGUAUUUGACAAUCCAGAGAUGAGAAGUCGAUUGAAAGAUGAAAUUGAAAUGAGAGAGAAGGCUGCAGAAGCUACGAAUGAAGAAAAUGUAACACCGGCUCCGUAGUUUCAUCAAUUAAAUACAAUUUUAUGGAAC